AGUACGAAGCUUUUUCCCGCCCGAUGCCUCCAAUGGGGCUCUCUCACGCCUUCGGCCGCUGACAAACCCGCGGUUUGAUCGCGAGGGGGAAGUGGAGGGAGAGCGUUGCUCCUUUGCUAAGGGAGGCUUCAUUGCAAGUUGGAGGCGCUUUUGCAAUGUUGGCAAUGGGCGCGGCUCCUAAAGAAGCGGCGAAAUCAAAAGAUUGCCCAGCCGAGAAAUACCGCAAGAAGCGAUGGGUUAAAGCUUUUGAAGCAUGUGAUGAAAACAACAAAGGAUACUUAAACCGAGAAGACUAUAAAGUUGCUAUAGUGAUGCUGUUUGGCUAUAAGCCCUCAAAGGUGGAAGCAGAUUCAGUUAUGGCCUCUGUGAAACAAAAUCCAUUUGGUUUAUCACUUGAAGAAUUUUUAAAUCUUAUGACUACAAAGAAGGUUGUAAACUUUUACCAUAGUGAAAUAAGACGAUUAUUCAUGUCUUUUGACAGACAAUGUAAAGGAUUUUUAUCUUUUGAAGAUUUCAAAAAAGCUUUCAGUAUUGUUGCGCCAAAGUUACCAGAAAGGAUCAUUGUUGAAGCAUUCAGGUAGUUGCCAUGCUUGGAGGGAAAAGCAGCCAUCAGACUUAGACAUCCACAAAGCAAAAUGCACAACGGAAAAGAAUAGAAGCAAAAAGCAAAUCAGUUCUUCGUGAACAGAUACUGGUCACGUUAUUCCCUUUCAGAAUAAAUAAUGCUGCAAACAUGAAGACAUGAAGUCAGAAAUACUAACAAAAAUGACAAAAAAACAUUAGUUACCACAUCAGUUUUGCUCUACUUCUCCACAUUUCUAUCCUUGGAAGCCAACUUUGCUUGCACCACUUCUUGCCACUUUUUUAGGAUAAUUAAUCUGGCGUUUACUCUCCUUCUCAAUCCAUUCAUUUUUACUUCAUAUAUUUGUUCUGCACUCCGUGAUUUCCUCUAUAUGAUCUAUUUCAUUGUGCUUACAUAUAAAGUCCUUUGGUUUUAAAUUCAAUCUGCAUUCAUUUAGCAUCCAUGCAUUCUUGACCCAUUCUCUUGUGUUACCACACAUUCUUCUUAUGUAGCCCAUUUUAUUGUAUUCAGUUUGUUUUUAUAUUUCUUCUGAUGUAAGUCUGCAGCAAUGUUCUUGGAACAUAGAAAGCUCAAAGAAAGAUGUUGCAGUCACAUCAAGACAUUUCUAUUUCCAUGUUAAGCUACUUAAAGUGAAGCAUAUUGUAUUCACCUCCUCAGAGUAGCUAAUCUGCUAAUUAGUUUGAAACAUUUUUUCUCCAAAUAGAUUGAGCAUCAGGUACAAAAAUUUAAAUGUGAAAUGAUACUCAAUGUUUCCAGGCCCACUGUAGAAAAAAAUUGUAUGACAUGAUAUCAUUUUUGUCUUCUUACUAAAAAUCUAAUUUCCACAUGUGCAUUAGAUUGAUGCCCAGAUAGAAUGUUAAUUAGUGCAAGAAGAUUGGACAUUUUUAAGAUCCUUUCUUUAAUAGUGCAUACAUAUCUGGAGCAGAAGUAGAAUGUGAAGAAGACCUUUUAAGGCAGCUGAAGUCUUUUUAUCUCUACCACUCUGCAUGUCACAACACCAAGAUUGUUCUCAUUUACACAAUACACUGUGGGGCAUACCACUUUAGAAAUUGUAUCCUUCUAGUUACUAUCAUCAAUAUACACAUCUCUGGUGCAAAUAAUAUGCUAAUUGAAUUGGGAAGCCUUGUAACUAAAGUUCCUCCAAAGUUAUACUUUAAUAGGUGAAGAUUUCAGUGACAGAUGGGUCCUGAUGACAAUUUAUAUGCACAUCACUGGUUUUGUCUGCUAGUUCCUGAAGCCUUAGCAUGGCCAUUUAUGUUUUGUUCAAAAUACCAAAAAUGGGUUUAAGCAGAUUUCUACUUGAUCUAUAUGGCUAGUAGGCUUAAUUUCCAUCUUAUACAGAUCUCUUGAAAAUGACCACUUGUCUGAUUUUAUCUUUGGGGCUGAGUCUACAAUGAAUGUUAUUAUUUAUAUUGUAGAAACUUGCUUUUUAGAUUGCUUUUGAAUUUCUCCUUAGCUCAACAGCUAUACAUUACCAGGCAUUUUUCAUUUCAAAUAUUUUGACCAACAUGAUUAUGCUGAGGUCUUUACCAAUUUUACCCAUUUUUCCAGUAGUAAGAGACCAUCAUAUGAAAUUGUUCUUUCGCUUGAUAAAAAUAAUCCUGCUUCAGAAAAAAAUCUUUUUUGUUUUCAUCUUUCCUUGCUGUUAGUUGAAUUUCUUACUUGCAACAAAGAGAGCUACAGUAAGUAGUGUGAGAAUUACAAAAGCGUUUAACCAGUGUAAAUUCUGUUCAUCCAAUCUGACAAAUGUCAUUUCUCUAAAUUGUGGUUUGAUUUCAAAUGGUUACCUGGAAAAAAAGGAAAAAAGAAAAAAAAAGUUUAUUACAAGCUUGAAUGUGCAUAAAAUGGACAUGAAGAUAAUAUCUUAUUAAAAAACAACAACAAAAAACCCUCAUAUAAAUAACUGCUUCAAAGACAGAAGAGAAACAUCUUGAAGAACAAUUGGGCAUGCCUCAUUCUGGUGCACAAAACAAAAGACUUGACCUCAUAUUGGCAUUAUGGUCCAAGGCAGUGGGACAAAUAUUUUAGAAGAAUGAUAUUUCAGUGAAUUCUGAAGGGAUGAAGUCUUGGCUUAUGAGUGUCUCAAGCAGGAUUUAAAGACUUUGUCUGACUAGCUACCAGGAAUGACUGCAGAGGUUAAAAAUUUGAUUUUUGGCUAAGGGCUGGAAAGACUCCCAGAAAUGAGGUAAUUGUACCUGAGCAGGAAAAAAAUCAAACCAACCCAAACCUCAGCUUGAUAAACUUCAAUCUUAGCUUGCCUGUUUAUAAACAUUAAUAAGCAUAAACAAAUCCCUGCUAAAUGAGUCUAACAAUCAUUUCUACCGUUAUUAAAAAAUAUAGGAGGGAUGCCUCGCUAAAUACAAUCAGGAUAUUUUAUGCCAUGCACUCAUACUGGAGACAGAAAGACAAGCUAGAACAGGAGUCUGCAAACUUGGCUC